AUUCGGUAUUGACGUUUUAAUUUACUCUGUAUCCGUGUACGCGGGUUGUGUCAAUGAAAUUCAGAAAAAAGUGUGUGCAUAUACAUAAAAAUACAUAUGUACAUUCGAUUCUCUUUUGGACAAAACGGAAGUGUGUGGGCAUUUUAAUUGUCGUUUGCUUGCCAUCUCGGCAUUUGGACAAUACUACGUCCAUAAAAUAGUUAUACAUAUGUAUAUAAUCAAAAAUAUGAUUCAAUGAGCUACAAAUAUUAAAUUUAUAGUUUGAAAGGUGGCACAAAGAAAAAACUGGUAAUGCUACGACUCUGUUUGCCAAAAAAAUCGAAAAUGUUUAUUGUGUGUAUUCCUAAGUGUGGAUGAACGUGAAUACGAAUCCAGAUGCACAUGCAAUUAGGAUUUUGUGUAUUGAUACAAAUUAAAAAACCUUAAAUAUUCAUAUACAAUAUGAAUUUUAGGUUGCACAUUUAUAUUUACUUAUGUGCUUACAUAUGUCUGUGUCUUUGAAAACUAUAUGUAGUUGCAUUUGAGUUGAGUGCAGUGAGAAAUUCAAUUAUUCCAAUCAUUUAUACAUAAAAAUUUGCAUUUGUAACCAGCAAAAACAAAGGUACAAAUAAAUUCACUCAUUUGAUUACAUCAAUAAUGUGAAAACGCAAACGGUAAAAUACAAUACUAUAAGUUAAAGUGAUUUUUUUAAACAAUCAGAGUCAUUCAAAAAUCGAUUCCGAAAAAGCAAAGUUUUACCUGUGAGUUUCUUAAACCGAUGCCUAAUAGCAUAUAUUUUGCGUAAAAGUAGCAAUAUAAAGAUUACUAUUUUAUUAACAUAAAUACUAAAAAUAAAAAACGAUUCAUUAAAAAAGGUAAAACCUAAAUAAGCACAUAUAUUUUGAAAUGAAAUAGUUAACGAAUAAAAAUAGUCUUGGAAUGGAACGAGGGAUAAAAAUGAAGAAAUUAAAUUAAAAGUGUUCACCAAUCAAGAUAUCCCUUAAAUUAAAUUAAACGGUGAAAAAGACAUGCUAUCUUGAAGAAACGCAUCCAUAAAUACAAAAUGGUACGGCGACUAGAACCAGAAAAACGGAAAGACAGCAAGACUGAAAAUUCAUUCACAAGGCGAAACAUUGAAGAAGCCAACAGCAAAUGGCGACUACGGUGCCCAUUUCAUCUAUACCAAGUUUUUAGUUGGCAACAAUAUCGAAGAGUUCGCCUUCUUAAUUGUCGUGUAAUGCCCAAUGGAUAUUUUUUGCUCCUGCUUAUCACAGUUCUCCUACCUCCUUCAUUGGCCCAACAGCAAAAGUUUCGUGUUACCCCAUACGAUCUUCAAGUGCUUGAAGGUGCAGAAGCCAUGAUGCGAUGUGAAGUAUCUAAUCAAGCAGGUGCUGUGCAAUGGACGAAAGAUGGGUUUGCCCUUGGCUUCUCAGCCGUUAUUCCAGGGUUUAGCCGUUAUUCGGUUUUGGGAGACCGAAAGCAAGGCGUAUAUAACUUACGAAUAUCGAAUGCUUCUAUCACAGACGAUGCAGAAUAUCAGUGUCAAGUAGGACCGGCGCGACUUAACUCAGCUAUCCGGGCAAACGCAAAGUUAACUGUAAUAUCUUCACCUUCGUCCAUUGAAAUACAAGGUUAUGCACACAAUUCAAAGGUAGAAGUGAGGGAAAAUCAGGAUUUGUCGUUAAAUUGCAUUGUAGAGAAUGCAAAGCCAGCUGCACAAAUAAUUUGGUAUCGAGGAAACGUGGAAUUCAAACAAGGACAACGCGUUGAUAAAGUUGAAGAAACUUCUUCAAAGCGAUAUACUACGAAGUCAACCCUGAACAUAAAACCGAAUGCUGAUGAUGACUACACGGAAUACACCUGCCAAGCAAAGCACAAAGCAUUGCCACCAGACAUGCCGAUGCGCUCGACUGUUCAACUUUCAGUUCUUUAUCCUCCUGGGCCUCCCUACAUCGAAGGCUAUACACAGGGCGAAAUUCUGCGAAGGGGUCAAACAGUGGAACUGAUAUGCCGAAGUAGAGGUGGAAAUCCACCAGCGCAAUUGAUUUGGUAUAAAAAUGGAUCCCAAAUACGGAUGGCUUAUAGGACUGCUGGGCGCCUCUCCGAAAAUAUAUACACCUUUACUGCAGAAGCAAGCGACAAUAAUGCACGUUUUCGAUGCGAAGCUAGCAACGUUAUGUCUCAAACACCUUUGAAAGCAGAAAUAGAUAUAACAGUACUGUUUGCUCCAACGCAUUUAUCCAUCUUGGGCCCUACUGAAGCGCGCGUUGGUGACGUAGUACCUUUAACGUGCUCUACUGCUCCAUCUAAUCCACCAGCGGAAAUAAAAUGGAUGGUUGGUGGCCGCCAAAUUCGUAAUGCGACUGCAAAGACAAAUGUCAGCCCUGAAGGCGGAUGGAUUACUGUUUCGAACAUAACAGCAACGGUUGAGCCUAAUAAAAAAUCUCUUGUAGUAAUUUGUCAUGGACUCAAUAUGCAGCUAACAGAGAACGUUGUUUCAACACAUACAGUAAAUAUUUUGUAUCCGCCGUCUUCCCCAAUAAUCUCAGGAUAUAUGGAAGGGCAAAUUAUACCAGCGGGUUCUGUUCAGAAACUAUUGUGUGUCUCCUCGGGCGGAAAUCCCUUAGCUACACUCACUUGGUAUAAAAAUGAUAAACGGAUUAAUUCAGUGAUACGUACGGCCGAUAAGUCUGUUUCUGCCGAAAUAACUAUUCUGGCAAAUGUAACCGAUAACCAGGCUCAAUAUCGAUGCGAAGCAUCUAAUAGUGCAACCGAAAUACCCUUAUUUGAGAGCACUAUUCUCAGCGUUCAUUUUGCACCUGAAACUGUUAAAAUUCGUGUUGAACCAGAAGAACUUAAGCCUGGCGUGGAGGUGACUAUAGUUUGUGACUCAAGUUCAAGCAACCCACCAGCGAAACUUACUUGGUGGAAAGACGGUAUUCCUAUUGACGGCAUAAAUAAUUCAUCUAAGCCUGGAUUGUGGGGUGGUACGGUCUCGACUUUGGAGUUUAAAGUGAACGUCUCUCAGGAAAUGAACGGUGUGGUGUAUACAUGUCAGAGCGCAAAUGAAGCAUUACAGCGAAGCGUACAUGAGGCAAUCUGCUUAAAUGUUCUUUAUCCACCACUGUUCCUUCCGCCUCCGUCAUCUACAGCUGUAGGGGUUGAAGGAGAAUCAUUACAAGUUACUCUCAGCGCUACAGCAAAUCCAAUGUCUAUUUUGUACACAUGGACAAAGGAUGGCUUACCCGUACCUUCAACUUCAACCAGUAAUGGAGGCGCCGAACAUCGAAUAUAUGCCGACGGAGCUAACCUUAACUUUACAAAGCUAAAUCGGAAUGAUGCUGGAAUUUAUUUAUGUGAAGCCAGCAAUUCAGAGGGUUCUGCUAAACUUAACAUUACCAUUGUGGUAGAAUAUGGCACGUCAAUAAAAACUAUAUCCGAAAACGUUGUAGUAAAUCCAGGCGAAGAUGCAAUGUUAUCAUGUACUGUAGAAGGAAAACCGUUAACUGAGGAGCAUAUUAAAUGGGAGAGAGUUGCUUAUGAUAUGACAAUAAAAACCACAACUUCUUUCGUCAAUGGCACUUCAUAUCUUCAUAUAAAAAAUGCACGCCGGGAAGAUGUCGGAAGUUUUCGAUGCAUUGCGGAUAAUCGUGUUGCUAAUCCCACAAACCGCGAUGUCCAACUCAUUGUCAAAUUUGCGCCUGAAAUUGACAAAUCACCAACAUUUUUACGUGCAGCGAGUGGAACGGGUGAACGAGGUCGUCUACCAUGUCGUGCUCAAUCUGCUCCAAAACCAAAGUUCAUCUGGCGUCAAGAAGGCAAAGAUCUACAAGUAAACCGCACCUAUAAAUAUGAAGUUGAAGAAAGGAAAAUUGACUCAUUGACAUAUGAAUCCACUCUGAUAAUUGAAAAAGUGGCACCAGCCGAUUAUGGAGCUUAUGAAUGUAUGGUAAUAAAUGAAUUGGGCCAGACCACGGAAUCGAUUCGGUUGGAUAUUACCUCCCAACCCGAUACACCACUUAGUUUAAAUAUAUUAAAUGUUACACAUGAUAGUGUUUCUUUAGCGUGGACUCCGGGAUUUGAUGGAGGAAUAAAAGCAUCUUAUAGAGUUCGAUACAGGGAGGCAAGCCGGGAUCAAUAUAAAUAUAUCGACAGUUUGCCAAACAGCCAUAAGUUAACCAUAACUGGCUUAAAAACAAACACUCUGUACUUAUUCUCUGUAAUGGCAUACAACGAUUUGGGAAGCAGUAAAUAUCUACCCGAUUUACAACGAGCGCAAACGAAAGAAGCUCCGCCACCUUCUCAGCCAGCCUCAUCGUUGGGUGGACCACCGACAACUACUUCCACACCAUUAGGAGGCACUUCUGGUUUACUCUUGCUAGUCGGCGUUAUUUCUGGUGUGACGGUAGUACUUUUAAAUAUUUUCAUCAUCGGAUGUUGCCUGCACAAGCGCAAUCAAAAACGUCUUAAACGAGAGGGAUUGGAUAUAUCGACGGAAGAGCUAACUGAGGACUCAAGUACUCCCAAUCUGGUAAUACUUGGAAUUUGCAUGGCAGCAUUUGGUUUUUUGGUGGUCAACGCUGCUUUAGUCGCUUGGUUUUUUGUACAUAAUCGUCGGAAGAAAGCUGAGAGUGAUAAUCAACCAGGCAAAACAGCAACAAUAGAAAUGUAUGCGCCGAGCUCCUAUAACGAUACCGUCACAGGCGAGACUUUGUCUAGUGUUUCAGAGAAAAGUGAAUCGUACUCAAAUGAAGGAAGCCAAGCGGAAUACACUGAUGAAGCCCGUAAGAAAGCAGCUUCAACGUAUUUGGUCGAAAGUACAGAUAUGCCGCCUCCUCGUUAUCAAAAAGAUGGUACCAUGCCCAUUGUAUAUCCGAACAACAUUGUUAAUGCACGAACUUUACCACAUCCGCGUCACCACAGUAAUGUUACAAAUAUAUUAGAUCACCGAGCUCACGAUGAUCAAAUUCUCAUCAACAAAGGAGUGUAUAUUCCGUCCCCUUCGCCAGCGCCGCCGCCUGAUGGUUCAUAUUAUAAUAUGAAUAGUGACAGAUAUCUUUCGUACCCGCCUAUGGAUUAUUCUCCACAAAUGGAUUUUGCAACUCCUCCACUUCCCAUGACGCAUCUUCAACCUAUAUCUCAAGCAUCUAUUAUUAGUGGUAACGCCAUGAUGGGAUCAGUUGGCGGUGGUAGUGGUACCCUUCGUCGAGGCAUUAUGCGUGGAGUUGUAGGCAUGCCACCACCAGACGUUACUCAACUUACAAGUACGAGUAUGCCUGGCACAAAUAACAUCCAAAUUCUACAUGAACUGCACCCAAUAAAUAUUUCGAAUAAUUCAUGCUCCACUCAAACCACAAGCAUAACAGGCAAUGGAAGCAUGAUGUCAACGAUCCCAAGCUGUACCUCCAAACAACCUCAGAGCAUUCUGAAGGAUCCAAAUAGGACUAAACCUCAGCAACAGCUUUUAAGUGCAAAUCUUGUAGGUGUGGGUGUGCCCACAGCUUCUGGUAGCCUUCAAAUUCUAAAUAUUCCCACAUCUGCAGGCAUCAGUGGAAACUUACUGAUGACUGCGAGUGGAACAUACGAUCCGGCAAAUCUUAGCACAUUUAAUACUACAACAGGCACGACAUUGGCUUAUACCGAUGCCGAUGGCCACUUGGUAUAGCUGUAGGAGAGCAAGCGACCACCGAUGGAAGUUGCACUAACCGUAAUUAGUGCCUCUUCGGAUUCCGCUGCUGUUACAGCCAGCCCCAAUAGUGCACGCUAUUGACAAACAAAUAAUACUCGUACAAUUGCACAGGUCAAAGUGAGAAAAUAUUGCAGAAAAUACAUUAAAUAGGCAAGAGAAAAAGAUACUGAGACUACAAUUAAGGGUAAAUUUAAGCUUAAAUUUAAGACUAUUGCGUAUCAACCUAAACGACCUGAUGCUGAUAUGGUUGCAUUAAAAUUGUCAAACGUAUGACAAGUGCCCAACUAAUUUUCAUCAUCGUAAUGUAUGCACUGAAUCCAAAUUAACAGUUUUACAGUUCGUUUAAAAAUGCGAUCGGUUAUUUGUUAUAGAAAAUGUAAUACAAAUAAGAAUUCUCGUUUUUGGAGUAUGAGUUAUUGUUGUUUCUGCUAUACCAUAUUUAUAUGGAAAAUAAAAAAGAUUUAUUACAUAUUUUCUAAAAAAUUCACGUGUUGAUUGUGUUAAACUCAAUACAUAUUACUACCAUAUGAACAGUUAUUAUCAACUAAAACAUUGUGCACAAAUUUUCUUUUAUGACUGGGGAGAUGAAUUCGGAUUAUAUUUACAUAUAUCUGAACUAUAUCCACCUACAUAUCUAACAUCUAUCGAAGGCUAAUCGCUUUACAUUCCUGAAAUUUCUAAUUGAAUAUUAUCGUUUUAAAGGGUGAUUAAUUCAUAUGUAUCCGCGACGUUAGCUUCUAAGCAUCCUUUAUUUGAUGUUUCGCCGAGCUUUUCCUCUAAUUUGUGCAUUGAGUUCGUGUUUAACAGAAUGGUAGGAACGCACAAACCUCCUCGGCAACGAUAUAAAAACUUUGUUUCGCCAUAAAGUCGAAAGUAUGAAAGCUAAUUAUUUAUAUAUAUUUGCAUGAUUCAGUAUUAAAAGGUUUGGUCAGUAAGCAGCUUUUCCGUUCCCGCUUGACAAAUCGACUCCCUUAGCAAGAUACUGCGUUGCUAACUCUAGAAAUUUUGAGUAAAAGUGGAGGAAAAGCCAGAUUUUUACAGCACCAACUCGCUCAGAAGUUUGCACUGGUAUGUCCAGGGUCAUUAUGCCCUGAAAUGCAUCCGGCCAUACCACUUAAAUCAGGGCAUCAUAGAGCAAUUCUUUGGAUCAAUGCGUGCGAAAGAUAGACUUUUUGAUAAUCUGAGACAGAUGCAUUUCAAACAUAGGUUACGGAAGUACUACUAGGUAAGGUUGCAUUAAAUAUUCAAAAAUUAUCAAGAAGAGUACUUUUAAUAACAUGUAAUUGCUGUUAGUGGUCACGUGCAAACUGAUGCAACCGCAAGGAGAAGAGUUGGAUAGUCUCAAUCAGGACGCUAUGGUAUAUAUAACUGCCUACCUUUAAAUGGGUUGAAUGAAGUGUCCAGAGCACUUUUGUAAGGGAGUGUCAAAACUCGAAUGCCAUAAGUGAGCAAACAUUCAAUAAUUGAAUCAUAACGCAUAUGCAUGUAUGUAUAUAUAAGUAAAUUUUUUAAAUUUUGAAGUGUUCUGAAGGCUUAAAAACCCAAAACCGAAAAUAUUUUCCGAAGGAAAAUUUCUCUGAAAUAACAAAAAGCAAAGAUAUUACGUACGUAGUGUGAAAAAUAGCUAGUUUUGUUAAGCACGCACGUGUGGAAUAUUACCAUUACCCACUUCUCCAAUGUUCAAUUUCAGCCGAUCAAACUCGAAUCAUUUGGGUUGUAAUAGAAUUGGAUUUUUGCUGUACUCCUGUCACAAACUAACUUCUAAAAGUUUUGACGCUAAGUUUAACUUAAUGCUGUUAACCAAAGUCUUUAUUUAAAUCGGAAUAUUACGUUUUUUAGUUAACCACUCCUGUGUUCUAACACAAAAUUUUCUUAUCAAACUCUAAAUAUUUAAUAUUUAAGUUUGUGAACAAAAAAACCAUCAGUGCAUUUCUGUCAUAAAAACAAAUUUCGGUCAAAGUUUAAAACGAAACACAAUUCUCUCUUUCAAAAGUUUGAAAGGUUUUUGACAGCAGACGUUAUAAAAUUACCACAUUCAGUCAUGCACACCAGGUACAGUGAAUAGGUGGAAUCAUAAGAUCGGUUAGGUACUUGUUAAAUACACACAAUAUAUACAAAUGUGCUUACUUGAAGCAAUUAAAGGAGUAAGAAAAGAUUUGCCAAAAGCCGACUGAAAUUUAGUAACAUUUUGUUCCAUUGACGAAACAAAACAAUUUUUAUUAAAACCUAGACAAUUAAUACAUAUGUAUGUACAUAUAUAAUAACACAAUAAACAUGCUGUACAAUUUCUUUAUAGCUAGUAUAUAGAUGAAAACAUUAAUAAAUAGCUUACGAAUAUGAAUUCGCCAGAAUUAAAGAAAGAUCGAAUCAUGUUAAUUAAUAAUUAGGAUAUUUACAUAUUAAGAAUCGGUACAAUAGAUAUUUCCCUUCAAAUUUAUUAAUUAUAUAAGAUUUAUGAAAAAUUGCAUUUAUAAUUAAUAACAUUAACUUAUUCUAAAUCGAAUGAUUGCGCAUCCAUUUUUUAAAUAUGAUCAUAGAUUAAUUUCAAGUUAGUUUAAAUCCUAGGAAAAUUAAAGGAGUCAAUUUUUUAUGAAUUUGGACUGGAAUUUCUCCAUAGAAAGCUCUCUGUAAAAAUAAAGUUAGCCAAACAAGUUCUUCACACAGAAGAUAUAUCCAUGCAUAUGUAUGUAUGUGUGUACAUUGAUUAUGUUAGCUAUUCUUUCUGAAUUAUUAAAGUGCAUACAUAUGUACAUACUCUUAAAAUCAGUGUAUUCAUACAAAUUCUACCAGCCCAUGAGCGGGCAAUAUCGGUACCAUUUACAAACUAGCGUACUAAUAUGUGUGCACAUUGAGUCUGACCUUUCGUGGAACAGUCUUUCGCCAAUCUAUUAUAAGCUUGAAUAUUGUGUAAUUAAAUAUUGUUGAAGUCAUUGAUAUUAAACAAAAUGAAUGCAUUUAAUUUAUAAACUCCCAUUAAAGUAUUUUUUAUUAUUGUAUAAACAAAAAUGUUAAUAUAAAUACUUAAAUAUACAUAUGUAUGUAACAGAUGAAAUAUCUUACAUACAUGCAUAUAUAUCUUAAUUCUGGUAGCAAGCUUAAGAUUGUUCUGCAGAAAAGCUGACUUAAGGCAAAACGGAUGCAGAAUGACGAUUGUGACCGUCAUGACCGCAGUAAAAGUGACAAUUUGAUAAAUUUAGCUGCCUAAUAAAGACCGGCUCAAAUCUAGUCUGAAAUGGAUGCAGGAUCCGGAAAUUGUUACAAUCCAUAACAACACCACAUACAAAUAAACAUUUGGCGCAGUUGAACAGAUUAAGCACGGCUAGCAUUCGGAUGGGUACUUACACAUUCAAUACGUAUGUAUGUACAUAUGACGCAGAUGUAAUAAGGUCGAAAUUACCGCUCGGUGACUUGUUGAAUUUAAUCCUUUCAACAUUAAUAAUAAUAAUAUUUUUCGAAAGAGUAAUGUUAUGAAACAAUUUUUUACACAUGUAUGUAUGUAUUUUUAAACAUUGCCAUAGUUGUAAGUUAGAAUAAAAUUGUAAAAGGUAUCGGUAAUCGUUGCUUAUGUCUUCCCGUCUAAAUUACCAAACAUCAGACGUAAACUCAUUUAUUAAGAAAUUAUGCAAACACUUUUAUAAAAAUAUUAAGAAUUGUAAUAAAGACUAAAUAACAAUAAUUAAAUUAACAUGAAAAUCUCAAUUCAGAUUUUGUUAAAUACAAAUUAUUAUUGAGUCGAAUAUACAUCAAAUAUUACACGUACAUAUAUGCUCUUAUAUAUAUUGUAUGAUAGGAAGUACCUAACAAUAUUAUGUUAUUUUACUAUGAGGAUGUCAAAUUUGAGAGCAAAGCCCAAAUUAUAUGGCCAAAGCUAGAUUGAUUUGCUGCAUUUACAUUUAUAUCAAUUUUUUUUUUUUAAAUAAGACCGUUAGGCGACCACUCAUUUGCAAUGCUAAAUGUUGAUCUUAAAUAUUUGCUCAAAAAACAAAGAUUCGUAUUUUGUGUUACAACCAUUUUGCUUCCAUCACAUGAUAUAUUUAUUGUACUUGUUGUUUUUCAAUAAACUAAUAACGUUCUCAUUCAGCGGACAUUAAGAAAAAUUUAAAGUGACAUAUUGCGUUUAUGCAGGUUUCAAUAGCAACAUAAUUGUUUUUCCAUCUUCAAAACGUUCUGGCCAUGCGUUCAUUCAAGACGCUUUAGCAUACAUAUUUAUUUAUUAUUAAAUGUAAAGGCCUUAGAAAAUUUCUGAAAUCAAUUACAAAAAAUUGUGUUAUUAUUAUUAUUUUAUUUUAUUAUUAUUUCAUUUUAUUAUUAUUUUAUUUAUUCCAACAAAAUUUGGCGGCCGCCGUAGCCGAAUGGGUGAGUGCGUGAUUACCAUUCGAAAUUCAGAGAGAACGUAGGUUCGUAUCUCGGUGAAACACCAAAAUUAAGAAAAAGUUUUUUCUAACAUCGGUCGCCCCUCGGCAGGCAAUGGCAAACCUCCGAGUGUAUUUCUGCCAUGAAAGAGUUCCUCAUAAAAAUAUCUGCCGUUCGGAGUCGGCUUUAAACUGUAGGUCCCUCCAUUUGUGGAACAACAUCAAGACGCACGCCAUAAAUAGGAGGAGGAGCUCGGCCAAACACCCAAAAAAGGUGUACGUGCCAGUUAUAUAUAUAUAUACAACAAAAUUUAUCAACUGAAUUUCUUAAAUUUUUCUGUUUUUAUGUACUAAAUAUAGUACUUAUAAGAAUCUGACAUACUUACAAAGGGCAAACUCAUAUGUACAUUUAAUUAAAGGUGAUGUGCAUGAGUUCGGUAUGUUUUUUUUUUGUUUUUUUUUUUGCUUUUACUUAAGUAUUUAAAUGUGUAUUUUAUAAUUAUAUAUGGUUUUGUGUAAUUUCGAAAAUUUCGUUGUAUCCUAGAGCUAGGCUUAAUCGUUUUUUGAUAAAUGAUACUCAUAAAGUAGUUAGUAUUCUGAAAAAAUAAGUGUUUGUCCACAUUUUGUGUCUAAUUUUGAUUUACAACUACAAGAUAUAAAAAAUAAGGUACAUAGGGACUUGCGAAAGUAUCCCGGCUGCACUUUUUAUCCCAUAAAACCGAACUUUUUACAAAUAGAAACUGCAAGUGUAUAUUUUUUAUACGCAUUUGUCAGCGAAUUUCGAAUUUCUUUUCAAGAAUUUUCAUAGGCAAUUUCUUACUAUUGUAAUUUUACUGAAAUCAAGCAUUUUUCUUUUUUUUUUAUAAUAGUGCUUAUAACAACUUAUAAAAAACUGCAUAUUCACGUGAAACUAUUAAUUUUUUAAAGUUAGGCGGUAUACUCGGUUUUUCAUUUUCUCGCCCAUUUAAUUUUUUAAAGAACUUCAAAUGGGAAAGAGUUGGUGCGCGACCUCGCCCAUGAAACACCAAAUAUUAGAACGGUUUUUCUAAUAGCGGUAGCUCCUCCGUAGACACGGGCAAAAUGUUUACUUCUCAACUGCAUUCUUCUUGAUUUUUUAUAAAAACUUGAAAGACAUAUUUAUAAACUUUACUAAUUUGACAUAAAGUAUACUCAAUUAAAGGAUACUAAAAACAUCUUUAUUUGUCAUGGCCAAAAAUAAAAAACAAAAUUUCAAAGUGUGUAAAACAUUAAUUUGAAAAUUUAGUCUUUUGAAACUUUAAAGUCCUUUAAAAAAUAACUUGAUAAGAAAAUAAAGAAUUGAGUUUACAGCAUUUCCAUAGAAAAUCUAUAGUUUCACGAAUCGAAUGGGAGCAAUUGAGCAAGAAGAUCCUAUGGGUAAAAAAGAUGUAAAAAUAAGAGAAUGGUGAAAAAUGCCUUUUUGCUCUUUUCGUAAUAAAUCGGGAAUUGAAUCGUAAUUAAAAACAAAACCUUUUUUCUCCUUACUUUCAAAGUGAUUUUCGCUUGCUAAACAGACAUCCUUUGUACUGCUGCCAGCGUUAUUCAACUUAUGCACUACAAAUAAAUUAGUUAAUGCAAUUCAUUUGUUCUCCCGAAGAAAUGUAUCAUUUUCUGUUGAGUUUAAAUAUUCACUUAAGUAACUGCAUUUACAUACCUAUAUAACUAUUUUAUCUCCUCCAAUACCUACUAUUAACGACUAGUGGAAUAACAAAUAUUAUAGUAAACACAAUAUAAAGUUAAACAAAAAAUUCAAAAAUAAUAUAAAACAAUGAGCUAAAGAACGAAUUAAGAAUAAGUGGUAUGUGAAGAUUUUUAUUAUAAAAAUUGCCAAAGAGUUUUUAAAAAGUUUCUUAGGUAACUGUAUAUUCGCAAUUUAAUAUAUAAAAUUUAAAAUUUUAUUAAGAAUUUAAGUUUCAUGAUGAAAAUUAUUAAGAAAAUAUAAAUAAGUAUGCAUACAUUUGUAUGUAAAGAUGAAUAAAUACCAACAUU